AUGGCGGACAGUAAUUUGCGAGAAGCCCAAGAACAUAUUAAAACUUGUGGGAAACAUAAAGUACGUAUUGAUAUCUUCUGUGAGGACUGUGAUGAAUUCAUUUGUACAAGAUGUGCCAAAACAGAUCACAUACAUCACAACUGGGACACAGUCUCCACAAUAGCAACUUUAAGGAGAAGAAAUCUGUUUGAAUAUUUGAGAACAAUUCGGGAAGUGGAUUUGUCAAAUAUUGAUGACAAGAUACAGGAGGCAUCAAAACAAAUUGAGAAAAACAAAAUUCAGUGUGAUAAAGAGAUUGAGAAACUACUGAAAUAUUUCGAUGAAAUAAAAACGAGUCUGGAAUAUCUAAGGAAUUCCCAUGAAGAAAAACUGAAAGAAAAUCUCAAGAUGAAGAAUACAAAGGCUUACCGUGUGAAGUUUGAGUUAGAAAUGAAGAGGAAAGAGUUAGCGAAAACUGUAAAUUAUAUAGAGGAGAACAAAAAUAAAAUGUUAGAUUAUGGCUUCAUUGAUAAUCAUAGAGAAUUGAAACGUCUUCUGUCUAACUUGGACGUUGACUCGAAGAACUGUGAGCAUUCAGUGAGAUACAAAAGAGGGGAGAUAACUAGUGACUUAUUGAAGUCAAUUACUGGACAUACUAUUGAUUUAGACGAACUCAGUGCCACUGAAACCGACUCCUUUCAGUAUGGAGAUGAUGUCAUAUUUCUUCUGGAGGCUUACAAUGAAGGGGAAUGUUACGUCUGUGAUGCUAAAUCGGACAGGAUAGCAGUACGUGUAAACAAAAAAGGGGAGAAAACUCAGACAUUCCCCAUCAAUCCUUAUGAUAUUUGUGUGUGUGAAAAUGGUGAUGUCUACUUUACGAACUAUGAGAACAACUCUAUCGCCCGUCUUUCUACAGCAAGGGGCUAUAUCCACUGA